AUGCGGACAAAAGAUCGCAUUUGCAAUUCAUACCCCUCCCAGGCUCCCUUCACAAAUGCGAAGAAAAGUUCGCAAUUGCGAACACAGGCUGGCCUGGCUUCUCUUCGCAUUUGCGAUGAGAAGUUCGCAAAUGCGACCUCAACAGUGAUCACAAAUGCCAACCCUGACCUCGUAUUUGCGAGGCUAACGCCUGCCCAGUGCCGGAAGGUCAAGGAAGUUGGUGACCUAAUGACAGGGGUGCCGGCGACCGAAGUCCCGGUGAACGGCGGCCGUAAUUAUAACGGUCCUAAGGAUCUGCCUUCGGCAGUUGACGAACAUGUUGCUGGAGUUUAUUUCUUCUCAGAUACGACUGCUCGNUCCACAUUUCAACUUAACAGGCUCUUGAACCCUUUGUAUCAUCUUCAGAUCACCCCUCAAGUUCAAGAGUUCAAUCCACAACUAACAUGCUUCAACAGUAACUCUACAUCAGACGAAGCUGAUGAGCAACAGUUGAAUCUAAUAAAUGAACGGAAACAGAGAAGAAUGAUAUCUAAUAGAGAGUCCGCACGGAGAUCACGCAUGCGCAAGCAGAGGCACCUAGACGAGCUUUGGGCACAGGUUGUCUGGCUCCGAAAUGAGAAUCACCAGCUCCUGGACAAACUAAAUCAUUCUUCUGAGCGCCAGGAUCAAGUACUUGAAGAAAAUGCUCAACUCAAGAAAGAAGCUUCAGAACUUCGCCAAAUGAUCACUGACAUGCAGCUUAGUAGUCCUUGUCCUAGCUUAAGGGCUCUUGAGGAUGAACCUUGCAGUGGUUUAUCUCAAAACGAAUAAAAAUUCAGACUACUCUGGAAGUUAUGCUGGUUCAGAUAAGGCCAUGGUUUUGUUUUCCUUGUUGUUAAGAUGGUGGUCAGAAUUUGAGUUUUCUCUUUAUCUCUUUUGUUGACGAGAUGAAAGCUAUGAGUUUAGUUUUUACUUUAUCUCUCUUCUUCUUGUGCUGGUAUGCUAUUCAAUAAAAAAUUCCCUUCUUUUGUGCUGUUCA